AUGAGUCGGUCGCGCGAAGCACGUCGUGCGGCGGCGCGGGGUGCCGCCGCGCAAUACCUUGCACCGACCCCAUUUCUGGGCUAUGGUGAUGAGAGUGUCCGGCGCCGUCCCUUUCCCGACGAGUCGGUUCGCCGGAGACCAAAUGCUGACGAUGACGACGCAGCCGGAAUUUCGGACCGCCCCUGGGAAGAAGACGAGGCGGACGUGGAUCGCGACUGGUACCUGCGCGAUGAUGACGGCGGUGUUGCAGGCGAUGUUGAUAACAACCCGUUUGCGCAGUAUGAGGACAUGCCCGGACAGGUGACCAAUACGCUUGCCAAGCGCCACGAGCGCAUUACAGCUCGCCAGGCCGCGUAUCGCGCCGAUGCGGACGCAUGGGAGAACAACCGUAUGGAGACCGGUGGUGUGGGCGGGCGUCGUAUUCUGGAUGAUGACCCAGAUGAGCACGGUGAGGACCGAGUGCAUCUCAUGGUCCACAACCUGCGACCCCCUUUCUUGGACGGCAAGACUGUCUUUACGAAGCAGGUGGCGCCGGUCAAUCCUGUGCGUGACCCGACAGCAGACAUGGCUACGUUUGCUAUGAAAGGCAGUUUGCUUGUCAAGGAGCAUCGUGAGCGUGCGGAGCGUGCCAAGGCUGCCGGUCGUGUCGCGUCGCUCAAAGGCACACAGCUCGGCAAGAUUAUGGGCGUGAAAGACGAAGAGGAAGAGGAAGAAGAGGCGAACAAAGGCAAGGUCAGCACGGUCGAUGAAGAUGGAAAAGGCGAGUCGCAAUACGCAACACACCUCAAAAAGAAGGGGAAAGGAGCCACGUCCUUUAGCCAGAACAAGUCGUUGCGUGAGCAGCGGCAAUACCUGCCUGCUUUUGCGAGUCGUGACGACCUGAUGCGUACCAUCCGUGAGAACCAAGUGGUGGUUGUCAUUGGUGAAACUGGCAGUGGUAAGACGACGCAGUUGUGUCAAUUCCUCCACGAAGAUGGCUAUACCGAUUAUGGACUGAUUGGGUGUACGCAGCCCCGUCGUGUCGCUGCCAUGAGUGUCGCGAAGCGCGUGAGCGAAGAGAUGGAGUGUGAGCUGGGCAGCACGGUCGGUUACUCGAUCCGCUUCGAGGACUGUACGAGCAAGGCGACCAAGAUCAAGUACAUGACAGACGGUGUCAUGCUUCGUGAGUCGCUCACCGAGCGCGACCUGGACAAAUAUUCCGCUAUUAUUCUGGACGAGGCACACGAGCGCUCGCUCAGUACGGAUGUCCUGAUGGGUCUGCUGAAGAAAGUGCUGAUGCGCCGCCGCGACCUGAAGCUGAUCGUUACUUCCGCGACGAUGAAUGCAGACGGUUUCUCGCGUUUCUUUGGCACCGCACCCAUCUUUACGAUUCCGGGGCGUACGUUCCCUGUGGACGUCAUGUUUAGCAAGACGCCGUGUGAGGACUAUGUGGACAGUACUGUCCGUCAAAUCCUUUCCAUCCACCUGGGCCAGGCUCAAGCCGGCGACAUUCUCGCAUUCAUGACAGGUCAGGAAGAUAUUGAAGUGACCUGUGAGGUGGCAAAGGAGCGGCUGAAGCAGAUCGACGAUGCUGCGCCCCUCCUUAUGCUCCCCAUCUACUCGCAGAUGCCUGCCGAUUUGCAGGCGCGUAUUUUCCUGCCGUCCGAAAACGGAGAGCGAAAGUGCAUUGUGGCGACCAACAUUGCCGAGACGUCGCUCACCGUCGAUGGUAUCAUGUAUGUGGUCGACGCAGGUUACAGCAAGCUGAAGCUGUACAACCCCAAGGUGGGUAUGGACUCGCUGCAGAUCACGCCCAUUAGCCAGGCGAAUGCCUCGCAGCGUUCGGGGCGUGCGGGACGUACCGGCAGCGGCACAGCGUACCGCCUGUACACCGAAGCGGCCUUCCACAACGAAAUGUUCCCCAGCACGAUCCCCGAGAUUCAGCGGACGAACCUGGCGAAUACGGUGCUGCUGCUCAAGUCGCUGGGCGUCAAGGACCUGCUGGACUUUGACUUUAUGGACCCCCCGCCCCAAGAUAACAUCCUCAACAGUAUGUACCAGCUGUGGGUGCUUGGUGCGCUGGACAACCUCGGAAACCUAACGACGCUCGGCAAGCGCAUGAGCGAGUUCCCGAUGGAGCCGAGUCUUGCCAAAAUUCUCAUUAUGAGUGUCGAGUACGGUUGCUCGGAAGAGCUGCUGACGAUUGUUAGCAUGCUCAGUGUCCCUACCGUCUUUUACCGCCCCAAAGAACGCCAGGAAGAGAGUGAUGCGGCGCGUGAAAAGUUCUAUGUCGCAGAGAGUGACCACCUUACGCUGCUGCACGUCUACUCGCAGUGGAAGAACAACGGGUACAAAGACUCGUGGUGCAACCAGCACUUUUUGCACGGCAAGCUCCUGCGCAAAGCGCGCGAGGUGCGCGCGCAGCUUUCCGACAUUAUGUCGUCGCAGCGCCUCAACCUGCGUUCGUGCGGUACGGACUGGGACGUGAUCCGCAAGUGUAUUGCCUCGGGUUACUUCCACCAAGCGGCGCGCGUCAAGGGUAUCGGCGAGUAUGUCAACUGCCGUACCGGUGUGCCGAUGAAUCUGCACCCCACGUCGGCGCUCUACGGCCUGGGCUACACGCCCGACUAUGUGGUGUACCAUGAGCUGACGCUCACCUCGAAAGAGUACAUGGGCACGGUCACGGCCGUGGAUCCCUACUGGCUUGCCGAGCUCGGCAGCGCCUUUUACUCGAUCCGCGAGCGCGGCACGCUCAGCACGAGCAACCGGCGAGGCCGCGACACGAAGCACCACCAUGUCAUUGAGCUGGAAGAGCAGUUUGAGCGCGACCGCCAGCGCGCGGCCGAGGAAGAGAACGCCAAGAAGCGCAAGACGGAGAACAACCCCCGAGGCAUGCCGAACGGCAUUGCGGUGCCGGGCAUGGGCCCCCCCAAGCGGGGCCGUCGCGUAGGCUUCCGGUAG